CUAGCUAGCUUGGGUUAGCAGCCUCAGCAAGUUUGCUAGUACAGUUGUCCUGCCCGCUGGGCUGGCUUGAUGAAGCUGAUCAUGAUGAUGAUGAUGAUGAUGAUAAAGAUGGUUAAGGGUUUGACACCAGCGGAGAGCACCGAGGGGGACAGGAUACCCCCUGGAACUGAGCAAUUACAUCACUCUUUGUUCUGAGAUAAAGUUUGGUGUGUGCUAACAGAAAUUAUUACGCCAAGUGAAGUUAACUGCGUCCGCAAAUGUAAAGUAAAAGCUAGGUUAACUUAGCUGAACACUGAGACGUAACGUCAUGGAGUUGUUUUGGUGGGACGGUAAAGCGACUUCUGCAUUAACUGUUCACACUCAGUAACGUUUCACUGUUAUAUAUGAUAAAAGCACAAGUUAGCACUGUUAGCUGCUUCUACACUACUGAACCGGGAUCCUCCUGCUGUAUCUGACGUGCUUCUGGUGUGGAAACGGAUCCUGGAUGUGUGUGUGUGUCUUGAAUGGCUUAAAAUACAAUUUCAGCUGAAAUGUAUAAUUUAUAACUGGUAGGGCCCGGCUAACUUCACUUACAGACACAAACCACAGGCUUACCCACGCUCUCAGAUGAUUGCAUUGUUCUUCGGGGAUUAACAGACAGCUGAGACGUUGCCAGCAUGGAUGUGGUGUCGCCAGAGCUCAACAGCCUUCUUCCUGAUGAGAUCAUGGACACUGAGGCCAUAGAGGACAUCCCUCACUCCCAACCCGAUGGCACCGCGGUCCAGUCCGAGCCCAGCGAUGACACAUCGGUCCCGAUGGAGACGGAUACACCCAUGUCCUCAGAGAACUUGAGCCUGUGUUCGGAUGCCACUUCUACAGAACACACACAGACUGUGACCUCCUCCAUCGCCAUGGACUCCACGUUCCCCAUCAGCUCCAUGAGUCAGCUUCCUUUGUCCAUAUCCACAUCGUCCCCUCUUCUUACCAUCAAACCAUCCAUGGCUACUUCCAUAGCCACCACCAAAACUACAGACAGUGUGACUGGGACUGUUUCUACGAGUGGUUUGCAGAAGCUCACGGCUCCGUUCACCAUCUCUCCCGCAAACCACCAGAUCAUUCUCAACAAGGUGGCUUCAUCUCAAGCCACAGAGGCAGCAAAGUCUGCAGGUUCUCAGCCGCAGGUCAUCAAGCAGGAAGGACAGAAACUUUUGGUCACAGCCAUAGGAAAGUCAGGGCAGCCUAUAGUGCUGCAGCUGCCCCACACAGGCAGCAAGCCUGGUGUUUCACAGACUUCAGGAGACAUCAAAUCUCCUGCGCCACAGUUUAAAGUGGUGACAAUCGGUGGGAGGUCGGAGCUGAAGCCUGUGGUGGGAACCGCAGGGAACCAGGUGACCACAUUACAGGCCCAGCAGCUGAAGACUGUACAGAUUUCUAAGAAAACACCAACGUCCUCGGCAGCACCGAUCAAGUUUAUCAUUACAAAAACUGUUAACAGCAAAGGUCCCCAGACGUCAGUGUCUCCUGUUAUUGCAGGACGGGUCCUGACACAGAGUUCUCCAGUGAUGCCCCAAAGGACCAUCACGCUCUCGGAGCCUCACAACACCAGUAUACAAAGUAUCCCCGGCAAAAAGAUCGCCAUUUCACCCCUUAAGACUCCCAGCAAGGUGACUGUGGUUUCUGUGGCCUCCCCGACCUCCAACGCCUCUCAGAAGUCAGUGACGCUGCCUGUUAAUGUAGCACUCGGCCAGCAGAUCCUCGCAGUCCAGCAGUCCACAUCUGCGUCUCCAGUCAAGGUGGCCACCAGCCAGAGCACAGCGCAGAGCUCCAUCUCCUGCUCUGAAUCUGAACAUUUUCAGAAUCUAAAACCAGUCCAGUCUGUGGCUGUUGGAGGAGUCGGUGCCUCCCAGUUCAAGACCAUCAUCCCACUGGCCACCCAGCCCAACGUGCAGCAGAUUCAGGUUCCAGGCAGCAGGUUCCACUACGUCCGCCUCGUCACGGCAACCACAGCCAGCAGCACGGGACAGCCCAGCGGUCCCAGCACCAGCUCCAUACAGACAGCUAAACCCAUGGUGGUGAGUACAGGAGCAGUGAGGAUGUCUGUCCCCAUCGUCCCAGCACAGACCAUCAAGCAGGUUGCACCGAAGCCUUUGACGUCAGCGACAGUCGUCACCACCACUCAGACUCAGCAACGCCUCAUCAUGCCUGCCACUCCACUACCCCAGAUCCAGCCCAACUUCACCAACCUCCCCCCCGGCACCGUCCUGGCUCCGGCUCCAGGAGGAGGGAACGUGGGCUACGCAGUUGUGCCAGCACAAUACGUCACACAGCUCCAGCAGCCUCCGUUUGUGACCCUCUCCAGCAGCCCCAGUUUCCCAGCAUCCACUGGUGUCCAGACUCAGGCCAGAUUACCACUGAAUGGCGUGUCGGCGGCAGAGACGACUUCAAGACCGAGGAAACCUUGCAACUGCACCAAGUCACAGUGUCUCAAACUAUACUGUGACUGUUUUGCAAAUGGAGAGUUCUGCAAUAAUUGUAACUGCAAUAACUGCUUCAAUAACCUGGAGCAUGAAACUGAACGUCUCAAAGCUAUCAAGACGUGUCUGGACCGGAACCCAGAGGCCUUCAAACCUAAAAUCGGUAAAGGCAAAGAGGGCGAGUCAGACCGCCGGCACAGCAAAGGCUGCAACUGCAAACGAUCAGGCUGCCUGAAGAACUACUGCGAGUGCUACGAGGCGAAGAUCAUGUGCUCGUCCAUUUGUAAGUGCAUCGGCUGUAAGAACUUCGAGGAGAGCCCGGAGAGGAAGACGCUGAUGCACCUGGCCGACGCAGCAGAAGUCAGAGUGCAGCAGCAGACCGCAGCGAAGACCAAGCUGUCGUCACAGAUCUCAGACCUGCUCAUGCGGACGACGCCUGUUAUCUCGAGUGGAGGCGGGAGGCUGCCAUACACGUUCGUAACGAAGGAGGUGCUUGAAGCGACAUGCGAGUGCCUGCUGGAACAGGCCAAGAAGGCAGAACAGACUCAUCAGCCUCAGGUGGAGGCAGAGAGGUUGAUCCUGGAGGAGUUCGGACACUGCCUCAUGAGGAUAAUCAACUCCGCGGGGAAAGCCAAAGCAGACUGUGCCUCCAUCAACUGCUAGGCUGCAGCACUGUGGCUCUCCUCGCACUCUAACCCGCCCCGGCUGUGGGGCUGAGAUGUAUGGAUUACUGUGCUCUCUGUCUUGGACCCCCGGGGUUUCCCUCCUGCAGGGAAAACGGGUUGUCUCCCUCAUCAAAUGGCCUGAAAGUAGAUCCCCCUGCCCCGGGUACGCUACGGCUAGCUGGAAUAAUAAACAUGGAACAGGUUUGCACUGUUCCCUGACUUAAACUGAAGGACAAAUGGACGGAGCAGACCGCCUCGGAUGGACCUUCAUAAACUGCUUCACACGUGUUCGGCCGGCUGUGAUGGACAGAAAUGACUCUGAGCGAGUCGGUGCUGAACAGGAAUUACGUUGUUUCUUCACUUUAUUUUCCCUACGAGGUCCGAUCACAUCUGUUUUUCCUCCUCAAACCUUUGUUCUUCCAUUUUAUUCUGUUUCCUUUCAUGCUUUCCCUUUUUUGAAGGUUUUUUUUUUUUUUUUUUUCGAAAAAGAAAUGCCUGUAAUUUUUACGUAAUCAUUUGUGCUGACAGUAGACAAACAGAACAUGUAUCUUUUGAUAUUUAUUUUGACAAGUAUUUGUAAUCGUUGUGAGCGCUAAUAUGGUGUGGCUUAUAGUGCUGCAAAAUGUUAAUUAUUAACCUUGGCUAGGCUAAAUUGUUUCUAUGAAAAUGAAUUAUCCUAAAGGUAAGAUGAACACACACAUAAUGCAUUAUACACACAUACACAUGCACACACAGCACUGGUCAGAAUAGUUGGAACAUGGCGAGAUUGGCGGAGGUACACAAUUCUUCUGGUGCUGUUCUGUUUUAUUAGUCACAUGCUUACUGUACAUUAAAAAAACAUUGAGACAGAGA